CAUUGUCCGUUCAAAAGCUGUCGAACUAGCUUCUGCCUCGGAAGAGAUUCUUGAAGUAAUUAAGCCUCUAUGUAUCAUCAUAUAUUCUCUGGUGACAGUUUGUGGCUACAAGGCUGUUGUCAAGUUCUUCCCUCAUCAGGUUUCUGACCUGGAGCUUGCAGUAUCUCUCCUGGAGAAAUGCCAUAAUGCUCAAGCUGGAACAUCAUUACGACAAGAAAGUACGGGAGAGAUGGAGGCAAAGUGUGUGAUACUAUUGUGGCUCUACAUUCUUGUAUUGAUCCCUUUUGAUAUAGCUUCUAUGGAUACUAGUGCUGGGGAUAAUAACUAUGCUGGGGGUGAUGAUCCACCUCCACUUGUGCUCAAAAUUCUAGAAUUCUCUAAAGACUACCUUUCAAAUGCGGGUCCUAUGCGAACCAUAUCCGGUUUGUUGCUCUCAAGGCUUCUAACACGUCCAGAUAUGUCAAAGGCGUUUACCAGGUCCUACUGCCAAAAAUCCUUGCCAUUUCUAACAGUUCACAAUCUGAAAUCUCGCAAUCAAGCAGAUGAAAAUUAUCACAAACAAAAGAACAACAACACGUAAAAGUAGAUGAAUUGUCUGGUCAUUUUCAUGCAUGCACAUUUAUGUUUGUGAAUGCAAAUGACAAGAUACUUGCUGUAGUACAAUUUACUGUAUUUUCACUUUGCUUGUCAUGUGACACAUGCAAUUCACUUUUAUGUGUGAUGAGUAAACAAAAUCUUCUUACUUUCUUGCAAAUUAUCAUCAUGCUUGCUGAGCAUUCUGCUUUAUUAUUAUUCUCUAUAUCAAGUAUUAUUUGUUUGGCAGCAAAAAGAAGAAAAAGUCUUCUACAAUGAAAUAUGCUGAGCAAGUACGAUGCAAAUAUUUUAUGCCUCAUUUGGCUUUGUGGACUGGACGCAUGAAGUCAUGUCCUGUCUUUCAAAUGAUGUUGUCAAUCACUUCAAGCUAUUGGGGGCAGUUGAAGCACUAGGUGCUGUUUUCAAGAAUGGAAGCCCGAAAGUGUUGCUUAGUGUGUUUCCUGGUGUUUGGAACGACAUAUCAGCUCUAGUGAAGUCCAACACUGCAGCUCGGAGUCCUUUACUUCGCAAGUAUCUUGUGAAACUAACUCAAAGGAUUGGGAUGAUAUGUCUCCCUCCUCGUCAACAGUCAUGGCGAUAUGUGGGUAGGACCAGCACACUUGGAGGGCAUAUUACUGUCAAUAGAAUCGAAACGAACCAAAACAAUAAUUAUAGAAACAAUGAUCUAUCGAAAGAGCCGGACUGUGAUGAAGAAGAUGACAUGGAUGUCCCUCAUAUAGUAGAAGAGAUAAUUGAAUUACUGCUGUCAGGACUGCGUGAUACGGAUACUGUUGUGCGUUGGUCUGCUGCAAAAGGUAUUGGCCGUGUUACUUCACGGUUAACUUACUUGCUUUCCGAUGAAAUCCUUUCAUCUGUUCUGGAGCUCUUUUCACCUAGCGAGGGCGAUGGUUCAUGGCAUGGUGGUUGUUUGGCACUGGCUGAAUUGACACGUAGAGGGUUGCUGUUACCUAUUAGUUUUCACAAAGUUAUUCCUGUUGUUAUAAAGGCAUUACAUUACGAUAUUCGAAGGGGUCCACAUAGCAUUGGAUCCCAUGUACGUGAUGCCGCAGCUUAUGUUUGUUGGGCAUUUGGCCGUGCAUAUUACCAUGCAGAUAUGAAAAACAUACUCCAGCAGCUGGCUCCACACCUUCUCACUGUGGCCUGCUAUGACCGUGAGGUUAAUUGUAGAAGAGCAGCAGCUGCUGCUUUUCAAGAGAAUGUUGGACGGCAAGGAAAUUAUCCUCAUGGUAUCGAUAUAGUGAAUGCAGCUGAUUACUUUGCACUUUCUUCACGUACAAACUCCUAUCUUCACGUUGCUGUCUUCAUUGCUCAAUAUGAUGGCUAUCUUUAUACUUUUGUUGAUGAGCUUCUGAACAGCAAAAUCUGUCACUGGGAUAAAAGUUUGAGAGAGCUUGCUGCAAAUGCCCUUUCUUCUCUUGCUAAGUAUGAUCUUGGCCAAUUUGCUAGCACCGUUGUGCAAAAAUUAUUGCCUUGCACAUUAUCUUCUGAUUUGUGCAUGCGUCAUGGUGCAACUUUAGCUGUUGGGGAGGUUAUAUUGUCUCUACAUGAACGUGAAUAUGUUCUUCUCCCAGAUCUGCAGAAUCAAGUUGCUGGUGUGGUUCCAGCAAUUGAGAAAGCACGGCUAUAUCGCGGAAAGGGAGGAGAAAUAAUGCGUUCUGCUGUUUCCCGUUUCAUUGAAUGCAUUUCAGUAGCUUGUAUCCAGUUGACAGACAACAUAAAACGAAGUCUGCUUGAUACGCUCCAUGAGAAUUUGAGACAUCCUAAUUCUCAGAUACAGGGUGCUGCUGUUGCAGCCUUAAAGAUCUUCAUUCCUGCUUACAUUGCGUCUUUGGAAAGUAAAUGCUUCAAUGCCAUUACAUCAAGAUACCUUGAGCAAUUGACUGAUCCUAAUGUGGCUGCUAGACGAGGAUCUGCACUUGCGCUUGGUGUUUUGCCAUUUAAGUUUCUAAGUAAAGGAUGGAAGGAUAUACUUCAUAAGCUUUGUGUUACUUGUGAAAUUGAGGAUAACCCUGAAGAAAGAGAUGUUGAAGCACGGGUAAAUGCUGUCAAAGGACUUGUAUCAGUAUGUGAAAUUUUAACUGACACACAAGAUCAGUCUCAUCUAUUGUCUGCAGAAGAAUGUAUAUCUCUGUAUAUUUUUAUAAAGAAUGAGGUUAUGCAGACUUUAUUUAAAGCUUUGGAUGAUUACUCUAGAGAUAACAGAGGUGAUGUUGGUUCUUGGGUUCGUGAGGCUGCCAUGGAUGGCCUUGAGAGAUGCACAUAUAUUCUAUGCAAAAGAGGACUCAAGGACUUUUCAAGCAAGUCAGAACAAAUGGAACUUGGCUCUGUUCCUCAGUUGGACGAGACAGAUUUUACUAACCAGAUGAAUUUUCUUUUUGAUGAAAAUAUGGCAGCCGAUUUAGUUGGAAAUAUUGUUAAACAAGCAGUGGAGAAGAUGGAUAAAUUAAGAGAGUUAGCUGCAAAGGUUCUUCAAAGAAUUUUGCAUAAUAAAUCUAUUUCUGUACCAUUCAUUCCCCAUCGAGAGAGACUAGAACAAAUAGUGCCUGACGACGCAGAUCUGAAAUGGGGGGUACCUACUUUCUCAUAUCCUCGGUUUGUGCAGUUUCUUGGAAUCAGUUGUUACAGCAAAUAUGUGAUAUCGGGGUUGGUUAUUUCCAUUAGUGACUUGCUAGAUUCAUUGAGGAAGGCGUCACUCGGUGCUCUGCUCGAAUUUCUUCAGUCAACUGAUGAAAAUGUAAAUGGUUCUAAAGAGUACAAUCUUUCCAAUGACAUUCUUUGGGUUCUUCAGAAAUACAAAAAGUGUGACAGAGUUGUGGAAGCCACUUUGAAGACUAUUGAGAACCUAUUCAGCAAAAAGAUUUUCUUAAACAUGGCACAGACUGCUGUGUUUUGUGGUGGAGUUUUAGAAGCUCUAAAUAUCGCGUUGAAAGGAUCAAAAAACAUCAGAAAGCUGUGUGUUGGAAUUGCAAUACUUGGAUAUAUUUCAUCAGUACCCGAGCACAUCAACAUCCAGGCAUUCAGUCAUUUACUAACUUUCCUCACCCAUCGAUUUCCAAAGGUAAGGAGAGCCGCUGCUGACCAAGUUCUUCUUGUAUUGAUGCAAAAUGGCCCUCCCGUGCCAGAGGACAAACUAGAGAAAGCAAUUGAGAUCGUCUCCGAAACUUGCUGGGACGGUGAUAUUGCAGAAGCGAAAGAGAAGAGUUUCGAGCUCUGUACCACGUGCAGCCUAGAUGUUGGAAUAUUUUCGAAAGCAGAUACCGGAACAUCACACAGAAUUGGUGACCGGGCACCUAUCGGUGAUGAAAAUGCAGCAUACUCUUCACUUGUUGGAUCAGCUGGGUUUUAGUUCCUUGUCAGAUGCAUUUAAGAAUCAGAACCUUGUGCUAUCAGAGUUGGUUGCCACUGCUCCGCCCCCCUCCCCCCCCCCCCCCCCCCCCCCCUUCCUCCUGUGUCAUCAAAAUCACUUUCUGCAAACGAGGGAUUCGUCUGUUGUUGGUUUGUAAUGUUAUUGCAAUUUAGGAGAUGUGUUCCACUAAAUGGUUAACAUGGUAAUUGCCGUGUUUGCAAGUUUAGUAUUCCUACUCGUGGCUCCAAUGUACAAAUGAUUCAUUUGGAUUGUCAAGAUGAUUGAUACUUUUCAAGUGUUCAAA